UUGAUUUUGCAAUUUAUAUGAAUAAUGUAUAUAUUUUUUACUGAAAAGAAAAGAUAAAAAUUAAAUAUUAUUUCUUUUUUUAAAGAAUGUAAAAGUUACGAUUAAUCUAAUUAUUUUUGAACAACGAUACGUUGAUUUCAUAAACUUUGUAUGACGUUCGUCUUCGUCAUCAUCCAAAAAUAUCAAGACUUGUCGUGUAAAAAUCGAUUGAUGUGUAUUGUAAAAAAUUAAGCUAUUUAAUUCAAUUUAAAAUUGUGUAUAUUACAAUUAUUAUAAUGGAUAAAACAAUAUCGAUAGCCGAUGGAUGGGAAUUACCACCUCUUCGUAGUUUAUAUGAUUUUCUUUUGGAAUCCUCACGUUUUCAACUCCCUAAUUUUAGAGAUUUAGAAAAAUGGGGCAAUAGAGUAGCAAAUAAUCUUGUAUAUUAUCAAACGAAUUAUCUUUAUAUGUGUAUUGCUAUUAUAUUAGUUGUAGCAUCAGUGCAUCCAGUGAAAAUGAUUGUUGGUAUAACAGCAGCGAUGGCAAUAUGGGGUGAAUGUAUUUAUUUAUUUAGUGAAAAAGAAUCAUUGCUUAAAUUUAAACGAACAUAUCCCCAAGUUGGAGUAAUUCUUACUAUUAUUUGUGGCUCUUUUGUUAUUUAUACUAUAAAUUCAGUUCUUUUUGUAUUAUUUGGCAUUUUAUUGUCAUUUUGUGUGAUUUUUAUACAUGCAUCUUUGAGAUUAAGAAACGUGAAGAACAAACUUGCUAACAAAAUAGAGGGUAUGGGAUUGAAACGUACACCAAUGGGAGUUAUCUUAAAUUAUUUUGGUAUGAAAGAAGAAUUCUUUACAUAAAUUGGUAUUGAUUCAAUUGUUAAUGAAAGAACAUACGAGUGGUAUAACCUUGCGCACACAAAAAACCUGUAAUCAAUCGCUUCACUAAUAAUCAGCUUCAUACAACAAAUUGUAACAACGUUUGGCAGUGAAUAUGUGUCAUUAACAGUCGGAUGCUGCUAAAGUCACAGAAAAAUAUUUGUGGAUAAUUAGGUGAGAGUUACAUAUAUAAAAAAUUUCACAUAGUUAUAAAGAACAGAAUUACAUUUUGAAUUUACUCACACAAAAAUUCUUUCUUAUCAUUAAUAUCUAUAUUAUAAAAUAAUAAUCAUAUGUAAGUAUAGCUGCAACAAAUAGAUAUGAAUUAUGUAAAUUACUAAAAUAGGUUGUCUAUUUGUAAAUCAUAUGAAUAUAACUGACAUAUAUUGUACUGAAAAUAUACAUGUAAUAUAAAAUAAUAUAAAUAAAUAAUUUUAUGUAAU